ACAUCGUCGUCGAGCAAGGCUCGAUCACGACCGUGCUCUCGGACGACGGACCGACCCACGACCUGUUGCAGUCACACACGCCAACCAAGGAUGCAGCAACGACAAUUGAGCCCGGGCCAACAGGACAAGAUUUCGUGUCGCCCGACCCAACGCCACUGCUACCGACGCUCACGGACGCUAUCGCGAGUCUCACAAAGCACUCGGGCGUCUACAAGCGGUACGUGCAAGCGUCUGGCAGCUAUGGCCUUGCGGCCACAACUCUAGUUUGGUAUCUGAGCGCCCAAGCCACCACAGUCCUCGCGACGACGUACCUCGGCUUUGACGACUCGCUUCUUGGUCUCUACGUGUUUGCAACGGGCCAUGCGCUGUACAUUGGUCUUCUCUACAUGCGGUCGGCUAUCUCGUACCGUCGAGGCCGCAUUGGUAGCCAGCGCCUCUUCCACACUGCCCUGUGGCGCCUUCUCCGCGCGCCGCUGAGCUUUUUCGAUUGUGUGACGCGACGAGUCCGCGGCUUGGCGGCUUAA